AUGAUAGAGCCUGCAAGUAUCCCUGGGCUGACACAGGACUGUCUGAUUCAGCAGAGCCGCACCUGUCCUGGCUGCUUCAUUGAGACCAAGGAUGGGUCAAAUGUAGAGCCCAGUAUUAACCUUAAAAUAGCUGACAUGAACAGGGACUACAGCGGCUGCCCGAUCUCCGAUAUCAACAUGCAGUGCAUGAGCACAAGUGAGACAGGUUAUGGAGACCAGCUCCUCUCGGAUCAGCUUUUGAGCUUUCCUGUCCCCAAAAGCCAAUUGGUGGAGAAGAAGGACACAGAGAAAGCAGACUUGGAUGAUCCAGCCUCCAAAAACCUGUUUGAGGGCUUGUUAUUAGACAAGUGCAAUGGAGAGGACGGCUUGCUCAACAAUCCGAAUCAGGACUGGGGCUACUUUGAGUCCUUCAUCAGUGAGAGUAAGAUGGAAUUGCUGGAUCUCUGCUCUAAGAAUGAGCUAUCCGCAAACCUCUUCUCAGAGGAUGAUGUGGACAAUUACAUGUUUGAUGAUGACGACGAUUCCACCCUGAGCAGCGACGUUUGCUCGCUUAAGAUCCGCUACGAGUCCUUCCAGGACAAUAUGAGGGAAAAAACCAAUGUCCUACAAGAGGAGACGCAGUUCAACUUUUUCCCAAGUGUCAUGGUGAACUGCACAAAGAAAGAAAAUGGUGUGAUAAAACAAGUUGGGGACCAGCUACCACCAAAACCAGAGGAGCUUAGUCAAAAUGACUGCAAAGGUGAUGGUAGUGACAGCUCCAUAGAGCAGACACCUGAUUACAACCGUAAAAUUAACUUCUUCAUCGAUUCAAGCAACUCGGCUGAUGACUCUGGGGAGUAUAGCGAUGACAGCUCCUCCACCAUUUCCUCAUUUGACACUUUCCAAAACAACAGGCCUAAAAACACAUUCUCACAAAAGAACGCAAGCUGCUCCAACCAUCUGAGCUAUGGAUUGCGGGCCAAGAGAAAAGUUAGGUACAGUGAUGACUACUUGUAUUACGUUGACUCCAUUGAGGGUGAAAAAAACAUGGAGAAGCAAGAGAAGCCACCUACUGGUCUAAAGCAAGAAGUGGAUGUUGACUGGCGCCCUAAAAAGAGACGAAAAUGCUCUCGCAAGGAUCCACCUGUAAUAAUCAAAUAUAUUAUCAUCAACAGGUUCAAAGGAGAGAAAUGCAUGGCCGUAAAGCUUGGCAAAAUUGAUUCAGCCAAUGAGACUGUAAUCUUAAAUGAGGACACAAUCAACAAAUAUGAGAAGCUUUCUCCUCUGAAAGAUUUCUGGCAGGAGAAAGAGAGAGAAAAAGAGAAACAGCUUAAGCUGGCAGCAGGAGAUAAACACAAUUCCCACCAUCGCACCUUUAGUUCCAGUCCCCCCAAACAGAAAUACAAGCUAGCAAACAGGCUUAGGAUUCAGAGAAUUCAAACUGUGGAGCAAUCACCCUACACACAAGGCCUCUUUGCCUCUGAUCUCAGGCAGGAGGUUGCUUCUACAGAUAAGACUGCCUCCAUAAGGAGGCCAUUAACAAUAGCCACCAGCUGUGCCAGCACAUUAGACACAAAUGACAUCAUACACACUGGUGCCCUGAAGAGCAGAUCCCAAGAAAGGGAGGAAAGGAGAAUAGGAAAUAAAAUAUUCAGAAUUAAGAAAUUCAGAAGCGAAGCCAGACUUAGAAGCAAGAAAAUGAGAGACCUUGCAGAGAAUAGCGAGAGCAUGAGAGACCUGACAGAAGUUUGCACACUGCAGAAAAACACGGGCACUGUAGGAGGUGCUGAAGACAAAAAAGUCAGUGCAGCUGCACACAGUCCCAAUUUGUGUGAGAGUCAAACAUCUAAUACCGCUGAAAAAUUCGCUUUUGUGUCUGCCACCUGCUCCCCCAACAAAGGAGCAUCAUCUGGGAAUGUGGCCACAAGUGUCCCCCUUAUCCCUGGAGGCUACCUACAAACGUUAUUAGAUGCUUCGGAUUCUUCUGGAGGUAGCACUGGAAUCUUGUUUUUACCUCAGCAGUUAGGGUUAGUAACUCAUACUCAACUAGAUGUUUCUUUGGAAAAGAGGCAAUUUGCCUCAAUUCAGCUAGCACAAAGCUGUGUACUUUCUCCACCAUCAGAAUCUGAGCUCCAACAGUCACCACAGAAUUGUCCUAAUCUUGCUCAGAUGUGGCACCACCAACUUGGUCCCAAUCAGCAGUUUGUCGCAGCAGAUAUUGCAGAAACUGUGAUUCAACCCACCAGCUUCACCGACGAAAUGGCCAUGCCAUUGUCCGAGGGUCUCACAGUGUCUAGCUACAACCAGCUGAGUCUAGAGAGCAACAGAAUGCUUUAUGAAAAGAAUUACUUGCCCGAGCAGCCAUUGCCUCCUGAUGCUGAGUAUCAAGCUUGUCAGGGGCAGCCACAGUUUCAAAGAGCCACACUACACACCGACAAUGGAAGGCUCAUCAGUUUCGACUCAAUCGGCUCACUGUCAGCUACUUCUAGCAAUUACAGUUCUCUGAGUCUUAAGACCAGUGAGAAAGAUGGCGAGGAAGAUGUGAACGAGAACUUUCUGGCCCACUGCAGCCCCAAACUGGUGAUUCAGCAGAGUCUUGAUGCAAUCACACCCCUGAGGGAGUCCACAGACUUGCUGGAUAUCUCCAACUUCACUCCAGAUAAAUUCAGACACACUUCAUUGUCUGAGCUUUCUCCUCCAGAGACACCCAAUUUAUCCCCUCAGGUUAUGUCCCGUGAGAUGAAGAUCACUGUAAAAGACAAUAACCUCCAGAAAGGGGCUAAAAUGUCAUGCACCAAAGAUGUCAAUUGGGGCUGCAACAUGAUAGAGCAGCAUGAUUUGGCUGGAUAUUCGGUGGAUGGUCAUGAGUACCAAUUGCACGUUUUUAAUGGCGAAGACAACUUAAGCCUAGACAAGAAAGAGGCAAAUCAAGCUGACUUUGAUGCAAAGAGGGCCAAGUCAAAGAAGAAAAAUAGCAACAAACAGACUGCAGGGCAAUAUACAAAAAAAAGCAAAGCCCCAAGAGCUCCUAAAGCAGAGAAGGGCAAAGUUCCACGUCAGACUUCACGAGCAUCUAAAAAGUUGAAGGCCUUAUUGGAUGAAAAGGGUGGUAAAGGCCAGGCUGUGGGCGCAACGCAGCUGCUAAAAGACAGCGGCUCUGAAGAAUGGACUGGAUGUCAAGUCCACGAUGAGCAACGAGAGUUUGAAGAGCCAUCCAACAUCUUAUCAAACAUUGUUUCAGGGAUGGCCGAGGUGCAGCGAUUUAUGAUGGCCUCUAUAGAGCCAGUUUGGGGUCCAGCUGCAAAUAUGUGCCUGCCCUCAGAGGCAAACAGCCUGAAGUUAAAAACUCUCAAAAUCCUAGCAGGAACCUCAUCCGAAUCUAAAAAGAAAGCCAGUGGGGUGUCUGGGGGAUCAAAGGUCAGAAAAGGUGGGACAAAACGUGGCAAGAAUCAGGCAAAGUUCAACACCCCCCUUCCCUUUUUUCCCCAGUUGGCUCUCGGAUCCAACAUGUUCGACAAGCCUAACCUUGCCGUUCCUGGUAUCAAUGGGCCCGCACACAAAAAGAUGUACCGCCACAAAACAAGUGCAAAAUUCCCUCGGAUUGACAAUCUAAAGGCCACGCAACCUGAACGAGACCCAAAUAAGGAUAUAUCAUUAAUGGCUUCUUUUGAGAAACUGAGGUAAUAUUUUAUAUCUAGCUGCUGAUGCACGUUCCUCACUUUUCCCAUUUCCUCCUCAGUUCCUGACAUACCUACACUGACUUGAGACCAGAGAUGCAUGGAAUUAUGUUAUCCUUUAGUAUCCCCACCUUCUUUUUGCCUCCGACGAAGAUUUUGAUAUCUUGCAUGAGUAACUUAAUGUACUUGCAAACUACCUAUUGAUUAAUUGUGCAAGGCUUGAUUGAGAUUUUCAGUAAUCAUGGCUGCGUUUUUUUCUUCUGGAUUCUUGUUUUUGUUUGUUUUUCUUCCUUGCAAUUGUUGAUUCAUUUUUGUCUGAAGAAAAGGAACAAUUUUAAUAAGUGCAAAGUCUCUUUUUUGGACCUUUUUUUUGUUUGUUAUUUUCUCAAGUGAAUUUUGCUACCCUUAUGUAAUUAUAUUUCUUCAAACAUGUAGCUUAUUAAAAAGUAUUUGUGUGAAGCAAGCUCCUCAUUUGAUUAUGUAUGCAGAAACAGAUGCCCUCUCCUCUCUUUUUACCCUUUUACUAGCUUGUCUUUUUUUAAGUGGGAAAUGCUCAGCCCCUUGUCUAGUAUAAUCAACAUAAUUGGUAGUACCCAAAAUAUCAAUAGCACACAAUGAGACCAUUAUGUAUUGAAAACAUAUCAGAUUAACACUGUUUCUCUCUAUCUACUAUGCUUUUAAAGGAGUUGUACUGGAAAUUGUCUUUGAGGGACAUUUCUAUGCCAUGGAAAUCCUUGGAAAGUCUUUUUUUUUUUUACUUUAAAUUAAAUAAUAAUAAUAAUUAUAAUGAUAUAUAUUAUAGAUUACAACAGUAUAUUAUUAAAAACAGAUUAUUAUUAUUAUUGUUAUUAUUAUUCAGUGUCACUGUACAGAAAUGCACCGUUUAAAGCAAAACAUGGAUUCUAUUAGUGUGCCAAAUGGGAACUCUGUGCACAUUUAUUAUCUGUAUGCAUACUUGCUGUUUCAUUUACUAGCCUGAUCAAUGCUGGCUGUUCUCUUUUAAGUCUUAACAAGCGCUGACAUUUCUCUUUGUUUAGCGUUCUGUUUUCUUUUCUUUCCGGACCCUAUCGUUUGAAGAGCACCUGCAGCUGAUAGUGGUACAACCACUCAACCAAAACUACGAGACUCUGAACUUUCUUGUGUCACCUUACUUGCCAAAUUCAAUGUACCUCAGCACCACUUCUGCUUAGAAUGAAAGAGAGAUGCAGAGAUAGACUCUUCUAAACAUGGAAGACAACAUUGAUAACGUUAAUAGAACAUUGUGUACUUUUGUUUUGUGAACAAGUUGAAAGGGUACUUUUGAUGGUAAAAAAAUAAACAUUGUAUUUUUUUUUUAUUUUACAUUUUUUUACUUUCCUGUUUCCCACAUUUAAACAGUUUUCAGCCAUUUUACCAUAAAUGAAGCAUUGUGGGAUUCAAAAGUGUAAGUCCACUUUGAAAAACUGAUUUAAAAUCGGUUUUAUAUCUGUAAAAGAAAAGAUAAUGAUUUAGGAUUUCUAAAAAUAAUUUGAACAAAGCAACAUUAUUACAUAAAAUGAAUGAGAUAUAUAUAUACAUUUCUUCACUCUUUCUAGGUCAUUAGGCAAAUGUAAGCUAAUUUGUGACAUUGACCAUGUUAAAGCGGAAGUGUGUAAAUGUUUUCGUCUGUCCCUGCCUAAUAUGCAGAGACAACUAUAAGUCGGUGAUUCGUAGGUUACGUUUCUUGAAAACUAAACACUGUGUCUUUGGGGCGCUAUAAAAAUUGUUCUGUUUGUUUUGAGCGACUCAGACCAACACAACUUUGACUCAUCAAUGGCAUGAGUUGGGGGGGCGGUAUAGGUCAGAUUUACAGAUUUUCUCCAUGGGUUUGGGACAUUCUUAAAUCAUGAUGGGAUAACACGGUUAUCAUGGGUUUUGCUAAAAGGGGGAGAUAUAUAUAUAGACACCAAAUAUACUUUUGAACCGCACUGUGGGUCGGAAACAUGUUUUGAGUAGUUUCAACCAGGGCUGGACUGGGAAGAGAAAUCGGCCCGGGAUUUUACAUAGCAACUGGCCCAACAUUUUCUGUCCUUUUCUGCAUAUCACGGCGCCAUUUUUGUGGUCUGUUCUGCAUAACUCGACGGCUCAUUUUAGCUUAUCGCGGCCCAUUCAGCCAACCCACCAGACCCCUCGGUUCUCCCGAUGGCCAGUCCGCCCCUGAUCGGCCCACUGGAAAAAUGCCUGGUAUGCCAGAUUACCAGUCCAGCCCUGAUAUCAACCUGUGUGAUCUUAGGUGAACAUGCUAUGUUUUUUGGGGGGGCACAUCAUUAGAACAUUACCCCUACAAGUUUAGGUUUCCACAAAAUGUCACCUCACUUUAUUGCUGUAUAAAACAUUUCAAACCAAAUCAGUGCUUUAGAAAGCAUUGAAUGCUUUGGCAUUUACCACAGUUUCAUAGAUGACACAUCUGAUUUCCAAUGAGUUGUUCUAAGAGAAUAUCUCAGGUAAAGUAAUGCCUUACCUAUAGCUUUCACCUUUCAACUCAGCCCCCUCUGCCGCCAUGUUUAAGACCAGAAUGAUGCUGAUGUGGAACUGCACAUGGGCUGUAUGCCCGCCUUGUCUGCCUUGUCUCAUUUCUGCCUGUUGUCAACUGAAUGUACUAAACGUUUUUUACUAUGUGCCACUGUUACGCUGCCUCCUACUGGUGCUAAGAGGGUAAUUUUAUUCGCCCACAAAUCAUGAAACAAGGAAUACUAGAAGUGAAAACCCUGUUCCCUCUCUUUAUGAAUGUACAAUAUGUGGUUCUGUUUGAUGUAUUCACAACAUUGUCAUUAAUUGGAAUUGUUUUUGCCUUUUUGUUGGAGAACACACUGAGCUUUAUAAAUAUUGUCUAGAGUUGAUAACAGAGGGAUUCUUAAUUAUCUCUUGACAUGACAAAAAUAUUGUAUAUUUUUCUCUGUGCCAAUUUGUAAGAUAUUUUGUAAGUGUAUAUUUUUAUUAGAAAGUGCUGUGAAGUAUUAGUGUGUGUGUGUGAGAGAGAGAGAGAGAGAGAAACCCUUUUUGUGCCUCUGUAGGCAGUGAAAAGGAUGUACAAUUACAAGGUUUUGGUUUUAAAAACCAAAAUAUUAAGGAACACAAAAAAGAAAACAAAUCUACAUUUUGUUGCAAGUUUUGUAAGAGGAAAAUGAUCUUGUUGUGAGAGUGUUUGUGUUAUUGUGGAAAACACAUAGUUAAAAAAAACGAACUUAAAAAAAAACAUUGUGAACUAUUUGCUGUUUUAUAGAUUUUCUUGUAAAUUAUUCUUGUAUAAUUUUAUGUUGUAUUUGUUGCAAAGGUUUUAAAUAUUUGUGAUCAAGCCUGUAUGGUGAAAUGUAAUAUUGGUAACUUGCUGAAUUUUGUAAUAAUGUUUAUGGAGUACCUAUACAAAUUAAAAUGAGAUUUUGA